UGCAGUAAAUAUUUAUGUGCAUUUUUAUAUUAGACAUCGUUUUGAAAAAACAUUUCGUACUUUAAGGACAACGAAGCAUUGCAAGUAAAGGAAAUAAGGAACAAAAAAAAAAAAAUAAAUAAACAAAAAACCAAACUGACCAGGAUAUGUAAAUGAUGGGAAUAUUUUUAAAAGCGGAUGUGCUUUUAUGGAAAUGAAUUUCGCGUACGUCGUAAUACUUCGCUAGUGUUCGAUUUUCAUAUAUAUAUAUCUUUUCGGUCGGUAUUUUAUUAAAAUUGAUAUUUAAAAUAUGCCACCAAAACGCCGACGACGCUUUCAAGGAAUUUAUUAUCAUUCAUCGCCACCAAAAGUAUUUUCCAUGAAUGGACAAAUAUCAAACGGUCAUGAUCGGAAACGUAAGCGCGAAGUAGAUGACUUUUCAGUUAAACUGUCAACGAUACGCAUAUGGAUGCACGAAAAGGAUAUUGGCAAACUGACACGUAUACUAUGGGCCGGGCAAGGUAAUCGUCUUAGGCAACAAGCCAGCACCAAUUCGAAGGUUAAACGUUUUCUAUCAGCAGUGCCUUAUGUUAUGAAUUCCGUUAAAGAUGUACAUCAAGCUGUUAUCGAUAAUAGUUUGGAAAAUUUACAGACCCAUUUAGAGCCGCCAGUACCGCCUGCUUUAGUUACUUGCCGGGAUGCGAAUGGACUGAAUUUGAUACAUAAAGCGGCCGGCUUGGGUCAUGCAACAAUUUUGGAAUAUUUAAUAGCCACUUGGCCGGAUGGUGUCCAUGAGAUCGAUAUUACCGGUAAGACACCGUUGCAUUGGGCUGCUAGCGCCAAAAAUAAUAUGCGCUGUUACACACUACUCACGCAAGCCGGCUGUGAUGAGGAAGUUCUCGACUAUAGAAUGAAAACACCCACUUAUUAUCGUCAUAAGCCGAACGAAAUUGAGCGCGCUUUUCUUACUUAUGUACCGGAAGCACCACGUGUCUCACCAGGUAUUGCCACUGAUUGGGAAGCUCUAAGCGAUGAUAGUGGGGAUGGCAAGAAGCGUGAUAUUAAAAUACCGGAACUAAAUGGCUUUGGUCGUCAUUCAAUCACUGAAAGCAAUGAGAAUACUUCGGAAGCUGAAGUCACUGAGGGCCUUGAGCAAAUAUCUGAAGAUAAUCGGUCCGAUAAUCCAAACGAGGAAAAGGAAAGUGCGGAAAACGCUAACGAUUCAAAAGCUGAAGAACAAUCCACUAAUGGAAACGCAGAAGAUCAGGAAGCGAGCAGUGAAGAAGUAGAAAAUACAGCUAAAGAAACCAAAGAUCCUGAAGAAGAUAAUGAAGAGGAUAAAGAGAAAGAACAGCAAAGUGAGGAAACAAACAAUAAUAAUAAUAAUAGUGAUGACAGAGAAAACGGGAAAGAACUCAUAGAAAAUAACGAAUCUACGGACAAAGAAACUGAAUUAAACGAUCAUCAUAGUAAUCAAGAUGAUGAACAGAUGACUAAUGGAAAUGGAGAAGACAACGUUGCUGAAGAAGAAGCUGCUGAGGAAAAAGCUGUUGAAGAAGAAGCUGAUGCGGAAAAUGCUACUGAAGAAGAAGCUGCUGCGGAAAAAGCGGCUGUAGAUGAAGUUGCUGAGGAAGAGGUCGUUGAAUACGGAGACAAUGAAAAGUCUCUUCAACGCUCUACGCUUGAGAGUGCAGAAAGAGACGCAGCUGUAACGCCAUCGCUUGCUAUUGAAGGCUUCGUGGCAGGUGCUUCUGAGGAUAAUACAGUUCAGUCACAAACCGCUGCUAUUGAUCAUAAUGAAAAAGAACUGCAACUGCAACAGAUUGUAGCGGCUGGUGACAUGGAGAAAUUAGCUGAGAUAGUUUUGAACGGUGACGGUGAGAAGCUAUCAAAUUUGGAGGCUACAGAACCCGAAGUACAAGCCUUUCUCAAUAACGUGCCUAAUUAUAUGAAUAAAAUUCAAAGAGUCCAUAAAGCGGCCCGCAACGGCAGCUUAUUGUCUUUACAACAGGCUUUGGAUCGUCGAAAAUUUGCUAUUUCUCGUGAUAAUAUUUCACCAAACGGUGCCACACCCUUACAUGUUGCUACGCUUUUCGGUCAUAGUGAUAUCCUGCGAUAUUUGGCGUCUCGUUUCCCCGAAACUACCUCAGCCACGGAUUUUGACGAACGUACACCUUUGCAUUAUGCCGCUGUCAUCAACGAUAAUGGUCACUUUUAUAAUCUUCUUCUGAAAUUGGGUGCUAAUCCUAAAAUUGAAGAUAAGCUGGGUAAAACCGCCGAACAAUAUCGUGACGAUGAUAAAUUGAGAGAUAUUUUAAACUAUCGUCAACUCUUGAUGCUAUUUAAUGCCGAAGAACUCGAAAGUCAAUUGUUAAGUGACCAAGUCCCUCACGACUUCCACAGUUCGCGACGUUCGUUAGAAGACGAAGAUGUUGCUCAAAUCCUUGAUCGUUGUUUCGAUGUCAUUCAGGAUUCACGUAAAGUGUGGAGUGGUUCGAAUGCCUCAGCCUUAUCGCAAAGGAAGCCGUUAAGUGGCGCGUCAUCAAUGCAAUUGAUCAUCACCAGCUAUUUAAGUCGCUUCCUAAAAGCUUCGGUAUACGAGAAAAUUAAACGGCGCCAAACUCGUUUAGAUCACAAUCUAUUUGACGUAAUAUGGCCGGCUUUGCGUAAAACGUCGAAAGAACGCUUGCUAGAGGAAGAUAUUAAUUGCGGUGUUGUAGCCCCCGAUUUCGACAUCUACGUAGUUUUCCAAGAAUUUAUGGUGCCAUUAAUCAAAGAUAUGCAAUGCAUGGCUGUCAACUCAGAUUUUAAGCCACAUCCUCGCAUCGCUUAUUUUCCCAUCGAGGAUGGUGAACGUUUAAAUACCGCCCGCUUUCUGUUCGAUAAUGAGACCAAUUUAGUAAUUCGAUGUACUGUUGAGUGUUCACGUAAUUUGGAUAAUUAUGAGUUGCCUUUAAAUCUUACUGUCGGUCAAAUCGAACAGGUCGAGAGAUGUAUUAUGAGUAAAUUAUUUAAUGAAGAAUUUGUAAAGAUUGCGCAAGAACCAGAAGCGGGCAAUUAUUACACCUUAACUGAAGUAUUGGAGGAGAAUUCGGACGUCUAUCAAAUACUUGAGGAAUAUGGUCUUCUAAUACCCUUUCUCGACACCAGAGAUGUUAUACAAGCUGCUGAAUGUAACGUAUUUCAUGGUCAUCUAUGGCCCUACGGACGAGGUGUAUACAUAAGCGCUUCCAAUCGUCUAGCUUUAUGGUUAAACUGUCAGGAGCAUUUACGAGUUAUAGCUACAUCUACGUUGACGGAUCCCAACGAUAUGGGUUCAGUGUAUACACGUAUUGGACGUACUAUCACUUAUCUGGAGCAACGAUUACAUUUUAAAGAAAGCUUUCUACUUGGAUACUUGCAAGCUCGUCCCUCUUAUCUCGGCACCGGACUCAAAAUAACUACUAUUCUAAGCUUACCAAAUCUUAUGAAGGAAAUGGAUAAUUUACGUCACUUGUGCGCAGUGCGUGGCCUGCACUUAACCACUGCUAAUUGUAAUAAUCAAAUUCAAGUUUGUUUGAUUAAUAUGCGAUCGCUGGGCGCUAUGGAAUAUGAAAUCUUCCAGGAUUACUGCACUGCCGUCACCAAUAUUCUCUCACUGGAGAAGGAUAUGUCUCUUAGCAAUUCCAAGCAUAUCGCUUUAAUGUUGCUUAAGAUAUUUCGUCGUAAGAAAACCAGCGGAAUUGAAACGUAGUAAUUAAUCAAGUUCAAGUUCAAGUUUAAAACUCAAUCACGCAUACACACACACUUGCUCCGAUUAUUGUAUAUAGAAAACCACCAAUAUGCUGCUCC